AUUACGAUGAAGAGUUACAAUUUCAUUAUAAUGAUUUAAAUGCUGAUGAUAUGUUUCGAAGAAAUUGCUGAUAUGAAGUUCGUAAAGUUCAACGUAUUUUUAAUAAUAAUCGGAACAGGCAGUCUGGGGGACGCACCAAAACAUGAUUACCUGAAAGGAUUCACAAACUAUCUGCAGAAAGAGUCGAAAUUACAUCAGUUGAAAAAUAUAAUCGCAAAAUUACCAAUGAAAUAUGUGGAUACGAGAAAAAUUCUAAUUAGAUCCGAACCUUUUUGUUCAACUGUGACAGCAAAUCCCGGCGAGAGGAAAUAUGAUUCCGCUCAAAGCUAUAUUAAAAAAAAAGAUAUUGGAAAUAUGGGAAUUAUUUAUCUCAAUAGACCUGGUAAACUUAAUUCAAUGAAUUGGUCAAUGGCAAUUUAUAUGUACAAAAUACUUGAAGAGUGGGAAAAUUGUAAAACUCAUGUUAUUUGGCAAAGUAAUGUAAAAAAUAUAUUUUCUGCUGGCGGUGACGUUAGAGCACUUCAUUUUGUGAAUGGAUUGGACACAGGCACAAGAUUUGGAAUAGAAGUGACAAAAUUUUUUCACAGAUUAUGUUAUUUUGUCGCUAAUUAUCAAAAGCCAUUUAUUACAAUUAUGGAUGGUCUUUCUUUUGGUGGAGUAAGUGGAAUUGCUAUCAACAGUAAAUUUACAGUAGCAACCGAAAAUACAAUGUACGCUACUCCAGAAACAUCAAUUGGCUCUACGCCUGAUGUUGGUAAUAUUUAUAAAUUAUCAAAAUUAGAUAAAAAUCUAGGCUUGUAUCUUGGCCUCACUGGAGCUAAAUUAAAAGGAAGUGACGUUUAUUUGGCUGGCAUAACAACCCACUUUAUUCCCUCCAGUCGAAUACAUUUAUUAACGAAAGAAUUAACAGAAUCAAAUGGCUCAGAUAUUAGUGAAAUUUUAAAACAGCAUCACAUGAAAAAUUUGCCUAAUCAAUCUAGUAUGGAGCCGUACGCAGAAAAAAUCAAUCACUGCUUUUCAGCUCCGACAGUUGAAGAAAUAAUUGAUAGAUUGAAGAACGAUAAUUCAGAUUGGAGUAAAAAUGUGGUAAAAACAAUCAUGGCAAAUUCACCAACAGCUUUAAAAAUGACUAAACAAGCUUUUGAUAUUUCCUCCGAAAAAAAUUUCCCAGAUUGUUUAAAAAUGGAAUUUGGUUUAACGUACGCUGCAAUGCAUACUGACUUUGGCGAAGGUAUUCGCGCACGAUUAAUUGACAAGGAUAACAAACCAAAUUGGCAGCCAAAAACUUUAAAUGCAGUUACAGAAGAUUACAUUAAUCAACUAUUUUCCAUGGUUCCCAAUUAUGAUCAACUCGAACUGUAAUUUUCUUAAAUAAUAAAAGUAAAAUAAAAAUUCAA